AUGGAAAUUGCUCGGACAAAGAAUGGUAUUUUUGUUUCUCAAAAGAAGUACACUCUAGAUUUACUUCAAGAAACGGGAAUGCUUGGAUGCAAAGUAGCCAAUACUCCCAUAGAACCAUUCAAAAGGAGUGAAGAAGAUAGUGUAGCAGCUGACAAAGAUAGAUAUCAAAGUCUAGUUGAAAAACUAAUCUAUCUAACUCAUAUUAGGCCAGACAUUGGCUUCGCUGUAAGCAUGGCUAGUCGUUCUAUGUCAAACCCAAUUGAAACUGACAUGAGAAAUGUGAAUAGAAUCCUCCAAUACCUUAAAGGUACACCAGGGCGAGGGCUCUAUUUCCAGAAGAACUCAAACAGAGGUAUUGAAGUCUAUACUGAUUCGGAUUAG